AUGCCUCAGAGGCAGUCUCCUCGAGGCCCACAUCCACUUAGGACAUCAAGCUCUGAUUCAGACCCACCACAUCAUCGGCAUGUUACCGAUCGAAGUCCAAAGCUAGGAGACCGUCGCUCCCCAAGAGGUCCCCAGCCUGACUCAUUAAACCAAAAGAAGCUUGGAACCCGCAUUGCGGAUUUAGAAUCUCAACUUGGCCAAGCACAACAAGAAUUGGAGAACAAAGCCAAGAAAGCUGCUGUUCCGGAGCCAGAGGAGGAUUCCAAAAUAAUGGAUAGCAACUCAGCAGAUGAAGUUUUUGAAGAAAACCAGCUGGAAACUGAUGUUUUUGAAGUUCCUGUGGAGAAAAAGACUGUUGAGCCCAAGGUUGAUCCUGGCAACCUGUUUGAUCAGAUAGAAAAAGAAAGUGACGCAAUUGAUACAUUGGCUGAACCGCUGGUGAUUUCAGAGCCAGAAAAGCCUUCUUUCCAUGACUUGGCAUUGAAGGAUAAUGAGAUAAAUAUCCUAAAAACCAAGCUAGAAGAGAGAGAAAAGGAGCUAGAGGUGUUUGGUGUGGAGAAUGAGAACUUGAAGAAUCAACUGAAUGAGGCAAAUUCAAACAUCUCAUCCACCAAAUCCAAGGAAGAAGAAAUGUCCUUGAAGUUGAGCCAAUUGGGUGAAGAGCUGGAAGCAAGUAAAGCAAAUGCUGCCCAGCUAAAGGAGAAACUGGAAGCUGCUGAAGGAGCCAACGAAGCACUGGAAGCAGAAGUGAAGAAAAUGAGAGUGCAGACAGAGCAGUGGAGAAAAGCAGCAGAUGCUGCGGCAGCAGUGCUUGCUGGGGGAGUGGAGAUGAAUGGUAGGAUUCCAGAGAGGUGUGGCUCCAUGGAUAAGCACUUUGGUGGCGUAUUUGAGCCACCAGUAGGUGGAUAUACUGGUUUUGUGGGAUCACCUGGACUGGCUGAUGAUUUGGUUGAUGGUUUUGGUAGUGGAAAGCGAAAGGGCUCUGGGAUUAAGAAGUUUGGAGACCUGUGGAAAAAGAAGGGCCAGAAAUAA